AAUGAUUGUUUAAAUUGUAUGCGAAAUACUCGUGUAAUUUUCUGCCUAAAUAACUGUUAUUAAUUAAGUGAACCCCACCUCAAAAGAUUUACAAUAUUUAGUAUAAAAUGGAUUUUAUGGGAAAAGUUGCUCUUAUUACUGGCUCGUCUUCGGGUAUCGGCGAAGCGAUUGCCAUAAAGUUGUGGUCUUUGGGCGCGAAUGUAGUCAUCACUGGAAGGAAUGACAAACGGAUUCAAGAAGUGGUCAACAAAUGCCACAAACGGGACAAUCAAAGAGCACUCGGAGUGAGGACUGACUUAUUGGUGGACAAAGACAUCGAGGAAUUGGUGGCGAAGACUAUCACAGAAUUUGGCAAAAUUGAUAUUCUGGUCAACAAUGCGGGUAUACUUACGACCGCCCGCUUUGGAGACCCGAAGUAUUUGGAUUCGUUCGACAGGACUAUCAAUACAAAUGUCCGAAGUAUUCAAGUAGUGACACAAUUAGUGGUGCCGUAUCUGGAGAUAACGAAAGGCAAUAUCGUUAACAUCUCGAGCUUUCAUUCAGAAGUGCCCGAUUGGAAAGCCAUGACUUAUUGUAUGGCGAAAAGUGCCCUGGACAUGUUUACCAAAUGCCUGGCCCUACAGUUGGCGCCCAAAGGAAUUCGCGUGAAUAGUGUUAACCCGGCGGUCAUACGGACGGCACUGUUCGACACCGCGACCGGCGAUAACAGAUUGUUGAAACAUUUUGAUAACUACUGCCGAGAGUGGUAUCCAUUGGGACGUAUGGGUGAACCGGCAGAUGUGGCCGAAGCCGUGGCCUUUCUGUGCUCUCCGACCACCGCCUCAUUCAUUACCGGACUUAUAAUGCCUGUCGACGGCGGAGCUCUGCGCAUGUGUCGUAAAUGAUUGCCUUAUCACCUGGCACCAUUCAUUUA